AUGGGUGAUCUUCUUGAUGAUGGUAAUUUAGUUUUGAGAUAUAAUUUAAGUUCAAGUUCAAUCACACCAAUUUGGCAAAGUUUUGAUCAUCCAACCCAUACAUUCUUGCCUGGUGGUAAGUUGGGAUACAACAAGAGGACGAAUAUGAAGCAGAUUAUUACUUCAUGGAAAAGUAUAGAAGAUCCUGCAAGUGGUCUUUUUUCUGUAGAGAUCGACCAAACUGAGAAUCAGUAUCUACUUUUGUGGAAUAGAUCUCAGGUGUAUCUGGCUAGUGGAUCUUGGGAUGGUAAAAUAUUCAGCUCCAUGCCUGAAAUGAGAUCAAACAAUGUCAAUAACUUCAGCCACAUUGACAAUGAAAAUGAGAGUUAUUUUACAUUUUCUAUGUAUAAUUCUACACUUACUUCUAGAUGCAUCAUAGAUGUCUCAUGGCAGUUUCAGCUGCAUGCAUAUAUAGAAACUACUGCGGAAUGGGCUUUCUUUUGGCAGACUGAAUUUCCAUUAAUCUGUAAUUGUUUGACUGCUUUUGAGCCAAGAUCAGAGAUUGAUUGGAAUUUGAGUGAUUUCUCUGGUGGGUGUGUGAGAAAAACAGACUUCAGCUGUAGUGUUAGAGAACAAAAACCUGGGUUUGUUGUAGGUUAUGUCCCUCUCAAUUAUCUUCCCACAUAUCUUGAAAAUGAAAGUCUGGAAUUGGAUGAACCAGCAUGCAAAAGAUCUUGCUCGGAUGACUGCAGUUGUGAUGUAUAUGGUGUUAUCUCCAAUAAAUGUCUACUUUUGAAUAGUGAGAUCUUGAAUAAUAUAUCAAGUUUCUUUGUUUCAGAAGAUUCUAAUAGUCUGACAAUUCCAUUCAACAUCAAAGUUUCUUCGUCCGAUCUUGCUAACAUUACUGAAAAAAUCAAUACCAAAGUGCUAGUAGCAGGAAGUAGAGACAUGAACCGAGAUUAUUUAGAUUUGCAGUUUCAAGACAAUGGAAGAAAUGUUAGAAAUCUAGCAGAUCCAGGGAUAUUGAGUGCAGAAGACAGGAAAGGCAUUGAUGUACCUUUCAUUGAUUUUAAUACCAUACUAUCUGCCACAGAGAAUUUUUCGCUUUCAAAUAAACUUGGACAAGGGGGAUUUGGGCCUGUGUACAAGGUGUUGUGA